AUGCCGUGGCUGGUGCAAGAGGUUUCGCAUGAGAUCGAGUCGAUCAUCACGAGUCGAGAGGUCAUCACAGAGAUCGUGCGCGACGUGGUGGAGGCGCGCGCGCAGCGGCCGCCGGAAGAGCUCGCGCCCAGAUUGCCCUCCCCGCCCUCCUCACCCUCCUCGCAGUCCUCCUACGAACAGCUUGAAGGUCUCGAGGAGUAG